AUGAAUAAUACCGACAUCAUUAAUGUGCUGAAAGCGUGUCCUCAGACGCUGUUUGUCCAUCCAAUGCAGCAACAGAAUCUAAGCAGGCUGUUGAAUAAUAAGGUAGCAUUACAAGUAGCAAAACACAUGAGGGAACUUGUCAAGAAAAGCCUCUGGAGAGUAACUCUUCUUUAUGUCUACGCUUUCCUUGGGGGCUGUUUAUUUUACUACAUUGAAGGAAAGCCUGAAAAAAACCUAGAUCUGUCUUCAAGGCUAUGGAAAGAACUUCAUCGUGGAUUCGCCAAUAAAUAUAACAUCUCAAUAAACGAAAGUGAUUUCCAACGCUUCGUGCAGAAAGCUUUUGAUGCUGUUCACGUGGGAACUAGACCAGAUUGGGGCAUUUUCACUGGAAUGACUUUCACGAUAACAACGUUGACGACAAUCGGUUAUGGCCAUAUCACUCCAGAAACUUCACUCGGCCAAUUUCUCACAAUAAUUUACUGUCUUGUUGGGCUUCCCAUAUCAUUGCUCGCCCUGAAAACGCUAGGGGAGCUAGUCUCAAGGAUCGUUUACAGGAUCGUUCUCGUGGUAGAGAAAAAAGUGCUGUCCAGAGAGAGACCCAAAAGAAUCAAAUUAAAAAGUUUUAUAGUGACAUCAGUUCUUAUGUUUUUGACAUUAUGUGCUGGUGGACUCACACAAAAGUAUGUGGAGGACUGGACAUUUAUAGAAGGCCUUUAUGCAUGGUUCGCCACACUUUCUACCAUCGGGUAUGGUGAUUACGUUCCCAUGUGGAAUCUGAUUAAGGGAAAGGAAGACUCUUUGAAUGGCCUCUGGCUCCUUCUAUACUCGCUGACUUUGCCUAGUCUGGCGGCACUCUCUGUAGUUUCUGGGCUACUAAAUUCGCUUGUUGAAGCCCUCGAAGAAUUCCGAAUUCAGUAUAAAGUUUGCUACAAAAAAUUUAAGUACAAAAAGAAGACCUGUAAAGGCUGCGGAGAUAAAGAAGCAAUGAUCCCUGGACAAGUCCUUAUGAGGACCUACAGGGAAGCAUGGUCAAAGGAGGGCAAUAAAAGAGCACGAUCUGCUUCUGUUUAAGCUUCUUUAAUUCGUUAAACUGAAGGUAUAAGUAUGAUUAAGAUUAUGUUAAGGGAAAUGAUUAUGUUAAGGGAAAUGUGUGAGGAAGAAAGGUAAUUUCCCUAGAUUUUCUAGAAUACCUAGUCACGUUGACGUGGACACUUGAUAUCAUACAAUGGAAUUUUCUGAACCAUUUAUAAUUAUGAUUAAUUCCGCCGGAUAGCUUUGUUGUAGGCUUCUGGGACGUUCUUCAAUUCAUUUUAAAUUCAAAUAAAAACUCAGUCAUCUAGCGGUAAUAGAUGCUGGUGUCAGCAAAGAACGACUGCCUGGAAAGGACCGAAAGAGGGAAUUACUUUGACAUAAUUCAAAGAUUGUUCAUUUCAAGGAAAUUUCAAGGCAACAUGCGAGUUUGUGUCGCUGGUAAAAUACCUUAUGGUCUGUAGUAGGCUUGAGUAAGAUUUUAGAGCUGUAUCAUUGUUAGGGGUAGUUUCGUAGGAAUAUUAACCUAGGACGUUUAGGUUACAAUGGAUAAUCAAUGGAUAAUCUUUGUUUAAUAAAAUGGUUAAUCAAUGGUUAAAAUGGUUAAUCAAUGGUUAAUCUUUGUUUAAUAAAAUGUCUGGGUUUGUA